GCUCUUAUACGGAGCAACUAGAAAACGGAGAACUAUACUGGGAACUAUGAAAUAUGAUAAGAAGACGAAAAUUGUGUUUUUUACUUUUAGUAAUUCAUUCUGUAGGAUUGUUUUGGCUUUAUUCCUCCUACCUUAAAUCCUAUACCAUCACAUCAUCAUCACAAUGCUUUAAUACAAUGAGUCCCGAGGUUAGAUCUCUGUUAUAUCAUCUUCAUGAGGAGGAGCAGGAAUAUCUUUUAAACAAGGAUGCAAUAGAGAAGGAACAUGAGAUAUCAUGCAGCUCCUCAACCGUAGAUGUUGCUCUCAUGAUGCCCUUUUUGGACAGGUAUCCGACUACAGCAGCUACCUAUAUACCAGUCCUUGAGUGGAUAUAUAUAUAUCUAGGUAUCCGACUACAGCAGCUACCUAUAUACCAGUCCUUGAGUGGAUAUAUAUAUCUAGGUAUCCGACUACAGCAGCUACCUAUAUACCAGUCCUUGAGUGGAUAUAUAUUCAUCUAGGUAUCCGACUACAGCAGCUACCUAUAUACCAGUCCUUGAGUGGAUAUAUAUAUAUAUAGGUAUCCGACUACAGCAGCUACCUAUAUACCAGUCCUUGAGUGGAUAUAUAUUUAUAUCUAGGUAUCCGACUACAGCAGCUACCUAUAUACCAGUCCUUGAGUGGAUAUAUAUAUCUAGGUAUCCGACUACAGCAGCUACCUAUAUACCAGUCCUUGAGUGGAUAUAUAUAUCUAGGUAUCCGACUACAGCAGCUACCUAUAUACCAUUCCUUGAGUGGAU